AUGGAGCAGAACCAGAACCCAAGGCAGGAGGUCGAGAGAAGAGCGGGUCCAAAGAACAGGAAGAGCAGGUGGGAUGUGGGCCUCAAAUCUGGGGUCUCGGGUCCAGGAAGGCCCUCCCUGGUGCUGGGGGCUCCUCUGGCCGAGCAGCGCCCCCCACCUGUGCAGGCCUGGGCCCGUGUGAGACAGGGAAGCGUGUUCCUCUCAGUCUCCCAGUCUCCCAAACCGGGACCCUGGCCUGUAGACUCCGGCGCGGGCUCCCCGCCCCCCGGCCGAACCCCCAAACUUCGCGGCCGGCGGUGCCCCGCCCGGCCCGCGCCCUACCUCGCUGGGGCUGUCCUGCGGCGGCGGCGGCGGCGGCGGCGGCGGCGCGGCGGCUGGGCCGCUCAGUCCCACAUUGUCCCCGGGAGAGGCGGCCGCUCACAACUGCGACGCGGCGGGCCCGCCCCAGCCGCCCCAGUGCCGCAGCCGCCCGCCCCGCCCCGCGCGCCGCGGUGCGUCCCGAGCGGCGGCCGUUUCCGGGAGGGCUGGGGCGACCCUCCCUCGGCAGCUCGUCCCGGCGCCGGGAGCGGGGGGCCGGAGGGAGGGGGGGGUCGCGCCGCGAGCGCCCGCCCAGCCGCUCUCCCCCCGCGCCUCGCGGGGCCCCUAGCCCCUGCGCUCUCUGCCCGCCAGGGCCGCUCGCCCGGCGCCUCCGCCGAGCCCCCCGCUCCACCCCAGUCCCCGCGCUGCCCGGCUCCGGCUCGGAUCUCUCGGAACCCGGGCUUCGACCCUCCGCCCGGCCCGGUUCCCGGCUCUCCUCGCUUCUUGCGCCAUCCAUCCCCGCGCUGGGCUUUCGUCCACCAAGACCCGCGCCCCUCAGCCACCCACAGCUUCCGCGAGGCCCGGCCCUUGUCCGCCCCGGACAGGUUACCGGACCGGCUGGAGGAGGGGCCUGAGAGCGGUGUGAUUCCCGUGCACCCCGCCCCGCCAUUCCCCCCAAAGCUACCCCAGAAUGCCUUUUUGGGGCUAGGGUCGCAAGGGCCGCGGCGCAGUUGUGUACUCUGCUAG